GCACGUUAUCGACCGUGCAAUUGUGCUACUAAUUGCGGUGAAAAUACAUCACCCUACCGAACGGUCGCAACAGCAACAGCCGGAAAAUGGUUCUUCCGUACAAUCUGCGUGCGCUUGGCAAACGGCUACUGCUGAACAAAUGCAUCGCUUCACAGUGGCGAACGUUUGCGAGCGAAACGGCGGGCGGCCGGGCAAGCGACCCGGCCGGCACGACGGUGAAUGUGCCGUCGAAAGAUAUCGUCACGCCGCUCCCGCCCCUAUCGCAGCCCAUUCCCGACCUGCCACCGGUACAGUACGCCCGGCCGGGUGAUCAGAAGAACGUCACGCAAGUCACACGGCUCAGCAAUGGGCUGCGCGUGGCGUCGGAGAACCGCUUCGGACAGUUUUGCACCGUCGGUGUGGUGAUUGACUCGGGACCACGGUACGAGCUCGCCUUCCCGAGCGGCAUUUCCCACUUCCUGGAGAAGCUCGCCUUUCAGUCAACCUCCGAGUACGGGGAGCGUGAUGUAAUCUUCCGGGAGCUUGAACGGCACGGCGGCAUUUGCGACUGCCAGAGCACGCGCGAUACGUUCGUGUACGCGGCCAGCGCGGACAGCCGGGGGCUGGAGUCGGUGACGCGCAUCCUGUCCGAGGUGGUGCUGCGGCCGCAGCUCUCGAUGGAUGAGGUGGAGCUGGCCCGGCAGGCGGUACAGUUCGAUCUUGAGACGCUCGGAAUGCGCCCGGAACAGGAACCGAUCGUGAUGGAUAUGGUGCACGCGGCCGCUUACCGCGAUAAUACGCUCGGCUUUCCCAAGCUGUGCCCUUCCGACAACGUGCCCAAGAUUGAUCGUGAUACGCUGCUGUCGUACUUGCGCCUUCAUCACACCCCGGAGCGGAUGGUGCUGGCCGGCGUCGGUGUGCCGCACGAUGAGCUUGUCCGGCUGGCUGAGCGUUACUUCGUGCAGGGGUCGGCCACGUGGGAAAACGAAAAGAGCCGCUCGUCCAACCCGAAGAGCGUGGACACAUCCAUCGCGCAGUAUACCGGCGGAUCGAAGCUGGAAGAAUGUGCCAUCCCGGUGUACGCGGCGGUAGGACUGCCCGAGUUGGCACACGUCGUGAUUGGGCUGAAGGGUUGCUCGCAUCAGGACAAAGAUUUCAUCGCCGCGUGCGUGCUGAACAUGAUGAUGGGAGGCGGCGGUUCGUUCUCGGCCGGUGGUCCCGGCAAGGGCAUGUACACGCGGCUCUACACGAACGUGCUGAACCGGUACCACUGGAUGUACAGUGCGACCGCGUACAACCACGCUUACGGUGACACGGGACUGUUCUGCAUCCACGCGACCGCACCACCGACGCACGUGCGCAGCCUGGUGGAGGUCAUUACCCGCGAACUGUUCACGAUGCAGUCCCGGCCUGGGGAUCAGGAGCUGCGGCGUGCGAAAACGCAACUGCAGUCGAUGCUGCUGAUGAACCUGGAGGCGCGACCGGUCGUGUUUGAGGAUAUUGGCCGGCAGGUACUAGCGACCGGAGAGCGUCGUCGACCGGAACAUUUCAUACAGGAAAUUGGUAAGCAGCAAACUCCAAGUUUUUACACUAUGAACAGGUUACCUAAUUGUGUGUUGUUCUUUGCAGAGAAAAUCACUGCGGAAGACGUACAGAACGUUGCGCGCAAGAUGCUUUCCUCUGCACCGGCACUGGCCGCCCGCGGUGAGAUUAAGGGCAUUCCGGAGGUGAAGGACAUCCAUUCGGCACUGGCAAACGAGGGACGGUUUCCGGGCAAUCGGCGGUUGACGCUGUUUCGAUAGAUAGCCUUCUCCAAGCGACAUCUCUCCAUCAUCGUUUAGGCAAAUCUUAGACUCACCACCAAACUGCAACUUUCUGUAUUUUCCAGCCUUUAUGAUUUUAGCUAGAGUUUGCGAUGCGUUUUUUUUCGGUUAAAACAACAGAUUCAGAAUCAAGAUUUGGAAAUAUACCGUAUCCUUACAGGCAGCGACACUAAGGAAGUGUGCGUUUGUAUGGAUCAUGUCGUGAUAAUCUAA